AUGUCGCUUCACCAGGGUCUGGUCGAGUCAAUUGAAGAAGUUUGUCCUGAGAAGCCCCCAGUAUCGAUAACUUGGAUUGAUGAGGAGUGCUGGAGGCUCAUACAAGAGAGAACAGGUGCAAAACAAAGAGGAAUGAACUCAGACGAACACCGACAAGCUACAAAGAUCGCACAAGGAGACUACAAGACAGUCUACAAGAACAUCAAGAGGGUAUAUGGAAAGAAGAUAAGCAAGCCGGGAAUCGGAAGAGCAUGUACAGGAGGAGAUAGAGGUGAGGAAGAGCCACUGGUCUUGGAAGCCGAGAUUGAAACAACUAUCAAGAAGGCAAAGAAAGGAAAGGUGGUUGGAAUAUACGAAGUUCCAGCGGAAGAUUUGAAAGCAGGAAGGGAAACAGUCGUCAAAGCCAUGAAGAGCAUCACUGACAAGAUCUGGAGAACAGGAGAGCUAGCACAUUAUUUGGUUCCACAAAUCGCAGUAGAGCAAUUUGGCUUCACUGCAGGAAAAGGAACAACAGAGGCAAUCCUAGUGUUGAGGAACAUCAUACAGAAGGUAGCAAAGAAGCAAGAGGCUGACCAAGUCUGGUUCCUGUUUGUGGACUAUUCCAAGGCUUUCGAUUCAGUGUACCACGAUGCACUGUGGAAGACCCUCUUAGACUUUGGAGUCCCAAGUCACUUGACAUGGCUACUGAAAGGAUUGUAUGACCGAGGCAAGGGAAAAAUCAUGAGAGAGGUGCUGGAGCGAGUACAAGAUCAGCAAGAAGAACCGCCAAGAAAAUCUUUGGGUGGAAGAAAGAUCUGGAAUGUCCGGUAUGCUGAUGACGCUACAAUGUUGACAAGAUCCAGGAAGGAAUGCGGAGUAUUGGGUGAGGUGCUAGCAGAAGUGAGCGAGGAGGUUGGCCUUAACAUCAACAGAGCAAAAACAACAGCAAUUAAUGUACAUGGAGACGGCGACAUACAGAUUGGAGGAGAGACAAUCGAGACAGUGAGAAAGAUGAAAUUUCUGGGGUCACAAGUUACACAAGAAGACGACAGCACAGCAGACAUAAAGAACAGGAUUGGACUAGCCAAGUCGGUCACCAUCGAACUAGCAGAAACAUGGAAGUCCAGCGUGCUGAGCAGAGGGUUAAAGGUGAAACUAGCGAAAGCCCUUGUGUGGAGCGUAGCUCUAUAUGCCUGCGAGACAUGGACCGUGCGCAAACAAGAAGAAAGGAUGAUUGAUGCUUUCGAGAUGUGGCUCUGGAGACGUGUAAUAAGAGUGAAGUGGACAGAAAGAAGAACCAACGAGUGGGUGAGAGAGCAAGUGGGCGUGAGAGAAGAGCAAGGCAUAAUGCAGGAGAUCAAGAGGAGAAAGAUCCAGAAGUAUGGGCAUUGGAAGCGGAGGGGAGAAAGUUUGGUGCUGGCGACCAUUGAAGGAGAAACCGAAGGGGUCGGAAGGAGAGGUAGGAGAAGAAUCGAAUGGGUGUCGAAUAUCUUCAACUGGCAACGAGGGCUGGAGGAAGCUCACAUGCAUGCUCAUGAAAGGAGGCCUAUAGUGUGCUCUGGCGCGGCGAGGUCACAUUUUGUCCUCGCGGCCAGUCUGCCCGCCGAGGCUUUUUACUGUCCUGUCACCAAUGUUUAG